GGUGGAUGGCUCUCAGUGUCCUUUAGUCUAGUAAAAGAAAGUGGCAAUGGAAGCAAAAGAAUGAGAAGUUAGUUUGAGUUGAUUUAGCCGUUUAAAGAAUGAGAAACAUUAUUAUUAUGAUUCCAUGAAAAAUGGUUGCAGAGAGAUUAUGCACGCCAUGUGGAAGCCACAGAAGUUCAAAUACAUAUACUUGCUGGCCACUUUGUACGUUUUCACACUAACGCUUCCUUCUUCUGCUGCCGUUUACUGGGCUUUUGGUGACCAACUUCUCACUCAUUCCAACGCCUUCGCUCUCCUCCCCAAAAAUAGUUUUCGUGAUGCUGCUGUAAUCCUCAUGCUCAUUCACCAGUUCAUCACAUUCGGUUUUGCGUGUACUCCACUGUACUUUGUGUGGGAGAAGGUAAUUGGGAUGCAUGACACAAGAAGCCUUUGUCUGAGGGCACUAGUGAGGUUGCCAGUGGUCAUACCCAUAUGGUUUUUGGCCAUUAUCUUCCCUUUCUUUGGGCCCAUUAACUCUGCUGUUGGAGCUUUGCUCGUUACUUUCACAGUCUACGUCAUUCCCUCUGCGGCCCAUAUGCUCACUUACAGAAAACCCUCUGCAAGACAGAAUGCUGCAGAGAAGCCUCCUUUCUUUGUGCCAAGCUGGACUGCAAUGUAUGUCUUGAAUGCAUUCAUUGUGGUGUGGGUUUUGGUGGUUGGGUUUGGGUUUGGAGGAUGGGCCAGCAUGUCCAACUUCAUUAACCAAAUUGACACAUUUGGGCUCUUUGCUAAGUGCUACCAAUGCAAGUCCCCACCACCACCCCAUCAUCACUGAAUUCAACUCACUCAACAUCAUACACUUCAACUCAAAUCAAAUCACAGUUCCCUCCAAUUACUAUUUUGUAUUAUGCAAGGGGAAUUAAUCUAGUAACACUCCCCCUUCAUUUGGUGUGUGCUGCUUGUGCUUUGCAGUUUUCAUUUUCCUUUUUCUUUCUCUUGUUACACUAUAUAGGUUUUUCUUUUCCCUUUAAGAUUAGUUUAUUAAAAUUUUAAAAAAGUGUUGCCAUUGGCCAAUGUGUAUGAUUCCUUUGCUAUUAAUGCAUCAGCUAAUUAAAAUUACGUACAUUUUGGUA